CCCACUUCUCGUUACUUCUCGUGAGCCGCGAUACGGGCACCUGGCAACACUGAGCGUCCUCGGUGACUGUCAAUUAUGGUGUGAAAGUGUCAAUAAAGUCAUGGAUCAUCAGUGUUAUCCUUGUCAAUGACCAUCGGCGAGAAAAUGGAGACGAGCCAAGACCUCGUCGAAAAUUCGGCCAGCACCCCAUUGCCUCUAACUGAAGAAACUCAAGAAGGCAAUGAGGCUAACGCUGACACCAAUAUGGAGGAAGCCGAAGCAGAAGAACAAGAGGAAAACACGGAGGAGACAGAGAAAGAGAUUGACUGGGAAGUUGCAAGGCACAUCGUAGGAAAAAGGGUCACUGUUGAUCUGCGGGGCCAUCGACUAAAGGAGUGCCCCCAGGCCAUUUUAAGCAUGGAAAACAUUACAUAUCUAUGUCUUAGUAACAACAAAUUAACAGAAAUUCCGAAAGAAAUUUCCAACUUGUGUAACUUACAAGAGCUGGACUUGUCCCACAACAAACUGUCAACACUAACCCGUGGAAUAUAUCUCCUAAAGGAAUUGACAUUUCUAGAUGUCUCCAACAACGAGAUAUCUGAGAUAUUGUCCGAGAUUUCAGGACUUGAGCACCUGCGAGAGUUAGUAGUUAGUGACAACAGACUUACUGCAGUGCCUCCUCAAAUCCGCGACCUUUCGGAAAUCACACACUUAGUUCUAAAUGAUAACCAAAUCACCGUCCUGCCAGAUUCAAUCGGUGAACUUACCACCCUGCAAGUGCUCGGCUUGGAGAGGAAUGCGUUGGAAUUUUUGAACCCAGAGGUCUGUAAAAUAGAACAAUUAAAGCGAUUAGGGUUGUCCGGGAAUUCAUUAAGGAAUUUACCAAGAGAAAUCGAGAACUUUUCUUGUCUUGAAGAACUUCUGUUGGACGACAAUGAAUUUGAAUUCAUUCCUGUUCAAGUAUUUUGGAUGGAAACGCUUCAGAUGCUGACCAUGUCUGGAAAUCGUCUCACGUCGAUUCAACCUGACAUCGGGAGGCUGACCCAGUUGACCGUCAUAGGGCUCAACAACAACCUGAUCGAGGAAAUUCCGGAGGAAUUUUUCCAGUUGGAGGCAUUAGAAGUAGUCGGUUUGGAAAAUAACAAAAUCAAAGCUAUUCCAGACAACAUCGCAAAUCUUUAUGACCUUCGAGAACUUUAUCUUGGACGAAACUCGAUCGAACACGUCCCUGAAAAUCUUUGUUGGUGCUCGAAUUUGGAAGUGCUUAGUCUAUUAAACAACAAUAUUUCUGUGCUUCCAGUGGAAGUAGAAAAUCUUCGGCGUAUUCACACUCUGAUUUUAUCGAAUAACAAGUUUGAAUUCCUACCGGAAGCCAUUGGUUUAAUUCGUGAUUUGGAAAUAUUUUUCGCUGAUGGAAACAAACUUUCGUACGUCCCGGUAGACUUUGGGACUCUCAAAAGACUACGACAGAUUGAUCUAAGCUCAAAUAAAUUUUCAAUUUUUCCACUACCGAUCUGCAAUCUGAAAACUGUAGAAAGUUUGAAGCUGAGCAAAAACGAAAUAGAAUCGAUUCCCGCUGAAAUUGCAAACCUUGAUAGACUGUCGUCCUUGUACCUAAACAACAACAAAAUUCACACGUUUGCACCUGAACUCUGUAGUCUCAUUCAAUUGCACAUUCUAGAUUUUUCAAACAAUUAUGUCGAGGACAUUCCAGACGCAAUUUCCCAGAUGGAGAACCUGACGGACUUAGAUUUGUCUCACAAUCGUUUUCUAGAAUUCCCCAAGACCGUUGUGGGAAUCCCUCGUCUGGAACGACUCAAGUUUGACCAGGCCGAGGGACAUCCUGUCCCAGGACUUUCAGAUGAGAUAGAGUUCUCCAAUGUAUCAUACCUAAUUGUCUCCAACAACACACUUCGAACGCUCCCCUCAACAAUGAGUGGAAUGAAAAACAUCAUCUCCAUUAUCGCAGAUCACAACGAAAUAGGAGAACUUCCGGAUUCUUUCUGCAGGCUGAGACGGCUGCAGGUUCUCCACCUUAACGACAACAAGCUGUCCUCACUACCUGAAAACUUCGACCACCUUAGGAAUCUGAAGGACCUUCGUCUGCACAAUAAUCCGCUUCGAACGCCGCCGAUGGACGUCUGUGUGAGUGGAGUCGUUCAACCGAUUGGUCGUUUCAUUCGUAGGGCGCUGGAAAGAGAAGAUAUUUUGAUGGCAAAGAUGUUUGAUGUCAUCAAAACAUCGUUGACGAAGCAGGAACUCCGAUAUCUUCUGAAGAAAUUUCGAUUUCCUGACGAGAAAAUUUCAGAGCUUGACCAGACGUACCAUGGCAAGGAUAAACUCCCCGAGCGCAUCUAUCACGCAAUGGUGUUUUGGCGGGAAUUCAAGGGUCCACUAGCAACCAUCGACGAACUUUUGCGUGUGUUUCAUUUGAUUGGCUAUGAUGCUCUUUGUCAAAAACUUAAAGCAAUGAAAAUAUAUGCACAGCGACCGAGGUUUUGAUAGUUAUAGUUAAUGAGCAGCCACUUCAGAUGUAAAUUACUGAGACGCAAACUAAUCAUUUUUUCAUUCAUCCCUGACCCACUAUCCAUGUAGAAGCAAUAUAAACAAAAUGGAGAAUUUCGUUGCACCUGCACGUGAAGUGACCCCUGUCGAAAAGCUCUAGCUUCUUUCAGAAGCAGUUACCUCUCUUUGUCGGCAUGGUCCUUUAUUAACUUUUCAGGUUACUUGUUAUAUAAUUGUUUUUAUAUUAUAUAUCUUAUGUAAUGUAUUUAUAAUUUUAUAUAUUUAUACAUUGUAUAAUAAAUGUUAUUUAGUCCUA